AAUGAUAAAGGUGGCCUAGGUUACUUUUCAGGGACCUGUGGGCCACUUCUGUUGAAAACACUGACUUCAUUGGGCCUGCAGGAGGUGUCUGAUAGAUGACUGGGAUGGAAUGAAAAGGCUGGUUAUCUCUGUCUUCAUACUAAUCUCUGCUCCCUUUGCUGCCUUAGCACUUGGGUCAAUUCUACUCAGCUCUGCUUGUAGACAUACUGAUUGGUGGUGGGAGCUGCUAUGUGUUUUCUUCUACUCUGCCACCCUGGUAUUUUUCCACCAGCUGUAGCAGCACAAGAAUCCAAGGUCCUUCUCUGCUAUUCUAAGACCCAGAUCAAGCCACAAGGCCAGGACAUUUGCACAGAUGAUGGUGGCAGCUUCAAGAGUAGCUCAGCCAAUCCUGGGACAACUCUACUGUUACUACCUGGUGUCUGAAUCUGAUACAAAAAUGUAACUGGAACCAUGCUCUGGGCAGGUGGGAAAUUACCAGACCCUAGCCCCCCCCCCCAGCAUAUCAAUUAAAAUCUCCCAUCUCCCUUUGUUAGGGAAGCUGUCUGGUUCUUCCAUCAUGCUGUUUCCCUUCAGCGGAAGUCCUACUUAUUCCACAAUUAAAGCCCUGCCUGCAAGUCCUCCCCAAACUUGGCUCAAUUUUGUUUCCACCGUUUCUGAAUCAAAAGUUCCCAUCUUGGAUUAUGAAGAGGGUGAGCUCUGGGGGAAGUGCCUCAGAGGAGGUGCCGGGAGAGUAGGGUGCUGUGUUCUGAGCUGAAGGUGAAGCUGGUGGAGUAAGAAGAUACAGGUGGGCAGUCUGAAUGCCAGAGUGGAUAUCUGUUUCACUAAAGCAUUUAUAAUUAAUUCCUUGUGUGCUGAGCCUCAUUUCCACCACCUACAUGGCAGCCUCAGUUGGCACAGACUUCGGGUAUGACUAUUGAUUUCCAGUUCAAUUGAUUCAAGUGAUUUGAAUAAAAGCCUCUGGGAAGACUUCAUUAGUGAUGAGGCAGAUGAAAAGACUUAUAAUGAUGCACUUUUCUGAUAUAAUGGCACAGUAUGGAGACAGUGUAUCACCAUACCCCCAAACACACAUUGGUAUUCUCCACCAGAAAGGACAGCCAUUUGAUAAGGUGACAAAAUUUGAUAAGGUGACAAAAUGCAUGCAUUUUAUACUAAAUGAGCAGUUCAUGGAGAAAGUUUGUUGAUCCCGAAAACAUAAUAGUGGAAUUGAUCUACUUGGGAACUAUUUUUGGCAGUGCCAGUUCCUUUUUCCUUUUGUUAGUCUAGGUUUGAUGUGCUUUGGGGCUUGGAUUGGACUUUGUGCUUGUAUCUGCCGAAGCUCGUAUCCCCAUGCCAAGGGCAUUCUCUAUCUCCUGGCAGGUCUGAGUACACUGGGCUUAGGAAGUUGUUUGGUUGCUGGCCUACUCUAGCACAAUCUAGAGCUACCUAAGGAUGUGUCUGGUGAAUCGGGAUGGUCCUUAUACCUGGCUUGUGUUUCCACUCCCUUACAGUUCACGGCUUCUCUUCUAUUCAUCUGGGCUGUUCACACAAACUGGAAAGAGUACAUAAUGAAGACAUAUCCGGUGGCGUGAAUAGGAUGCUGCCUGCUUUACAUUUACCAUUUUUAAUAUUUUUGAUAUUAAUGUUUUCCCUUGCCUCCCUCCUAAAUGUUUUCAUUUUUUUUGAUAUACCAUUUUAUCCUGAACAUCCAUUUUAUUUAUACACACACACAUACCACUUAAUUACAUUAAAUACCACUAAAAUUUAUGUAGUUUCCUCAGAGUGAUUCCAUUUCUCAAACUAAUCUAGGUUCAAAGUCUAGACAGAAAGAAAUAGAGAUUUGACACAAAUUUGUGACAGAAAAUUGGUUGUGGGAAAUUGACCCAGACUAAGUUCUGCUUAUGUCUAUUAGACUUUCCACUAAAAGCGCAGUAACCAUUGUACCAUCAACAAAUUUCUUUGGUAAACCUCUUAUUGUUAGAAUUUCAUGUUCACUUUGAUGUUGUAGAUAGCCAAUCAUCCAGGCAUAUUAGUGCUAUUUUCAAAAACUCCCUAUAAAUGGAAUAUUAUCUAAGAUCCUUUUUUUUUUUUGGUAAACUUUGGCACAUAGCUUCACCUGAUGUGAAAUAUGGCAGCUAUUUAUGUCUAUACCAUGUUCAUCAUCUACAAGAAAAGAAGUGAAAAUUACAGUAUUUACUUGAAAUUUUAACUUUGUAACUAGAAAAGUCUAAUUCAGCCAGAUAAACUGGCUAAUCUUAUUUUAUUGUAUUGCUUAAAAAUAA